AUGGAAUCAAAAAUUACUUUACAAAAGACUUCAUGCUACUUUUGUAGAGAAUGGUUAGAUGAUAAAAACAUUAAGAAUCAUUUAUUAACUUGUGGUCAAGUAUUGGAAAAGUGUCCUUUGAACUGUUUGUCUUACAUUCAACGUAAAAACCUUGAAAAUCACAUCAAAACUUGCACAAAAGGAGAAAAUUCCAAUAAGAAGAUGCACAAUGGGAUUGCAAACUUUCAAAGCUUAAAGGAUUCACCAAUUAUAGAAAAUGACAGAGUUGAAUUAAUAGAGGAAAACUUGAUCAAAUUACGAAAAUCACUGAACGAAGAAAUUCAAAUGCGGCAUGAUGUUAUCGGCGAACUUGGUAACUUAAAAAAACGAAACCAGAUAACUGAUGAGUGGACUGUUAAGGUAAGUGAGGUUCUCAACCUUCUACAAAAAAGAAUACAAGAAGAAAAGGAAAGCAGACACUUGGAGAUAAAAGAUUUGAACGGAGUUGUUCAGAAUUUACUGAAAGAGUUUCAGGCAAGACAAUAUUUGUAG